AUGAAGGUCAUGUUCGGAACAUGGCUGCUUUGGGGCCUUGCGACGGCCGCCAAACAGCCAAAUAUCUUGUUUAUCCUUACGGAUGAUCAGGGCAAACUCAUCGGUGGACUGGACCACAUGCCUAAGCUGCAGGAAAACCUUAUCCAAAAAGGAGCAACCUACCCCAAACACUAUUGCUCCGUAGCCCUAUGUUGCCCAUCCAGAGCCAACCUCUGGACAGGUCGCAUGCCACACAACACCAACAUCACAGACGUUGGCCUACCAUACGGUGGAUACCCCAAGGUAGUCAGCGCAGGCUGGAACGACAACUACCUACCGAUCUGGAUGCAAGAAGCCGGCUACGAUACAUACUACGUCGGCAAGCUCUGGAAUUCACAUACAGAAGAAAACUACAACAACCCUUACGCGAAGGGGUUCAAUGGUUCCGACUUCCUCCUCGACCCAUGGACCUACCGGUAUUACAACGCUAAAAUGACCCGUAACGGGGAGACACCCGUCAGCUACGCUGGCCAAUACUCGACCGAUGUGAUCAAGAACAAGUCAUUGGGCUUUUUGGAUGAAGCGUUAGCGAACCCGGAUCGCCCGUGGAUGCUUACUAUUGCGCCGAACGCGCCGCACUCGAAUGGAUCCCAGGAUGCAGUGACGGGUGCGACUUGGUUUGGUGAGCCUGAAUAUGCGCCGCGCCAUGCGCAGCUCUUUAAGGAAUAUAAGAUUCCCCGUGAUGAGAGUUUCAAUAAGAUCAUUGAUGGGGCUGUCGGGUGGGUUGCUGACUUGCCAACGCUCACCGAGGAGGAAAUUAACUAUAUCGAUGAGUUCCAGCGGUGUCGGUUACGGGCGCUUCAGGCUGUUGAUGAGAUGAUUGGUGAGCUUUUCGAGAAGCUUGAUAAGGCUGGUGUGCUUAACAAUACGUAUAUCUUCUUUUCUACGGAUAAUGGGUACCAUAUUGGUCAGCAUGCUAUGCAGCCUGGGAAGAAUUGUGGAUAUGAAACGGAUAUCAACAUUCCUUUAUUCAUUCGCGGUCCUGGCAUUCCUCAGAAUCAAACAAUUGAUGUCGUCACUAGCCACACUGAUCUUGCGCCUACUUUCCUCUCCAUUGCGGGCACGACGAGAGAUGGCCUGGAUGGAAAGAAGAUCCCGACUACCAUCGAUGCGGGUAACGCAGAUAAUAAGUCGGAGCAUGUAGCAAUCGAGUACUGGGGAAUUGCUGUUCCCGAAGGUAUCUACGGCUACAAAAGCGACAAUGACAGCCAGCCAGGCAAUAGCUAUAGAAACAACACGUACAAAGGGCUACGACUCGUCUCAGACGACUAUAGUCUUUACUAUUCAGUCUGGUGCACUAACGACAAAGAAUUCUACAAUCUAAAGGUACCUAACGCCCAUCAAUCCUAUACCAUCGCCAACCGUCACCUCGGCCAGAUCAUUCCCCGCCUUGAUGCACUAAUGAUGGUUCUCAAAUCGUGCAAUGGAGAUUCCUGCCGCGAGCCAUGGCGGCAGCUUCACCCGAAGGGCUACGUGAAUAACUUAGCCGAUGCACUGGACUCAGGGUUUGAUGAAUUCUAUGCGAACCAGCCGAAGGUGUCAUUCUCGGAAUGUAGCCUUGGGUAUCAUAUUUAUGCAGAGGGGCCACAGGAAUUCAAUAUUUAUGGAAGUGGGUCAACCGCGAAGAGGAGUGAAGGGGAGUAUGUGUCGAAGUCCCACCGUUGCAAGACCUGGGAAAGAUACACAAAAUUGGGCUGUCGACUGCUAAUGCAAGAAACAUCCGUUCCUAUCACGCCAAUACCGAGAACAAGCGAUGCAGCUAUUCAUACCAACAUGAUUACACAUUUCAAGAACGACACCACAUUCGGACAAUCGGCACAAACUUGCUCCACUGAUAUUAUAAGAACCGAGAUAGUAAACUCUGGAAUGCACCCCUUACCAUUGUUAGAAAUAUAG